AACACGUGAUACACCGUCUGUAUAAAUGCCUACGUUCCAAACAACAGUCACCUCAAACAACAGAGUGAACUCAGCGUAGACCUUCCUCUCAACAAUGAAGAUGCUGCAGGUGACAUUAUUCGUGGCUCUUCUGGGGUUUUCAGCCUCAGCUCCCACUGGCUCGAAGGAUUUUCUGCCCAUCGACUGCAAUGACAUCUAUUGCCAUGACAACACCAGCUCCAGUGGGGUGUACACCAUCUUCCCCGGGGGUCCCACAGCUCCCCUUCCCGUCUACUGUGACAUGAAGACUGACGGGGGCAGAUGGACGGUAUUUCUCAUCAGGAUGGAUGGCACUGAAAACUUCUACAGGCCAUGGAGUCAAUAUAAAAAAGGAUUUGGGAAUGUAGCAGGAGAAUAUUGGCUUGGCCUGGACAUCAUCUUCCUGCUGACUCAGUGGAAGGAGAACGAGCUGCGGGUCGACAUGGAGGACUGGGAGGGGGGGAAGGCGGACGCCAAGUACUCCUCCUUCUCCAUCAAUUCUGAGAAUGACGGUUAUCAGCUUCACCUGGGCAAAUUCAAUGGCGGAAACGCAGGAUGGUGUCGGUCGUCACUGAAGCCCGUGCUGUGUCGAUCCAUCCCACAACAUCCUGGAAAGUUACGAGACGCAUCCUCUUUUUCGGUGGUACAGCGGAGUUUGAACGCAGUCAGACCAAAUUCAAUAUAUAAGUCGCUUCGGAGUAUAAGUCGCAGGACCGGCCAGACAGGGGACAGUUUGACAAACCACAACAACAUGAAGUUCACAACAUUUGACAGAGAUCAGGACACGUGGCCGAGUAACUGCGCUCAGCGUUAUCUCGGUGGAUUCUGGUACAGCGCAUGCCAUUAUGCCAACCCCACCGGUCUGUACGCACCUCAAGGGCUUGUCAACUAUUAUGGAAACGUUCAAGUUAUCUGGAGUACGUGGAAGGGCUGGAACUAUGGCCUGAAGACCUUAGCCAUGAAGAUCAGAUCAGUCUCUGCAUGUGCAUGCGCUCAAUAACCUGUUUAGCUGUACACUUUUAUUGUUGACUUUAUUAAGGUUUUCAAGUUUAUACAAGAUUUCAGACAACUUGGACCUUCGUGUUCACCGAACUAUGAUUUUCCUGUGAGGCUAAAAAUGACAUUCUUGUUUCAAUGCCACAUACAUAUAUAUAUAUUCUACUUCCAACAAACACUGAUACUGUUGUUGAAUAAUCAUAAUCAUAUAGUAAAUGCUUCAGUGAGAUUAUACCUUUUCUUUACGAAUCAAUAAAAACAAUUAUGUAGCUGCAA